CUGUCACCACCGUCAAUAACCACCAGCACCCUGCAUCAAUCGUUCAAAUGCCCUCAACGAUGCAACACCAGGUAACCAGCCCGUCAGCACACCACAUUUCAACGGGAUGAAGACGACCUGGCACACCAGCGGACAUGCCACAUUGUCCAGACGGUGACGACGCAAAUCAUUGUCACCGUCCCUUUGAAAUAAGUGCCACGUCGCCGUCUCAACUUGCAACAGACAAAUGCCGACAAAUGAGGAUGACCAACGAUGGUGAAUGUCCAGGCCAUAUUGCCAUUGGCAAUGAUCUACAACAACGAACGACGUUGAGGGGCCACGUCAUCGACGGCAAUGUGACAACUAGCAACGGACCAACGACAAUGCACAACAAACACCGAACAACGUCCAGGUGAGCAACAUCACAUCACACCCCUCCUUUUUACCUUGUUCGUGCAUCUGUUCUAGAUCAGCCUGCUUGACACCACCACAAACAGUGUCAACCUAUAUGAGUAGUAGAUAAAGUAGCUGUAUAUAACUCUUGUGUAGCCCGUUGUCAAAAUGCAAUCUAUUCUUUUGUUUAUGUUCUCAAA